GCAUUGUUUCUUCAGGCCUGGCCGCCUCCCGGAGGGCUUGGGCUUCUCCUGAGCAGCUCCUGCCUCCCGAAGCCUCUAGCAGACCUCAGAACCACAAGCAGAGGGCAGGAGCCCCCGCCCCCGCCCGGGGCCCUGCCCCACGGCAUCAUGAUGGGGAAACUCCCCUUGGGAGUCGUCUCCCCUUAUGUAAAGAUGAGUUCGGGAGGCUCUACGGAUCCCCUGAAAUUCUAUUCCACCACCUACUGCACCGCCUAUGGUCGAGCGGACUUCAGGCCCCGCAUGGGCAGUCACGAAGGCACAGGCUACAAAUCAAACUACCAGCCUGUGGUGUCAUACCAGGCCAGCCUCGAUGCCCUGGGCAACCCAGCCACGGGGGAACAAGCCGGCCACAAUUUCCAGUCAGUGACCAGUCAGAGUUACCGCCCCCUAGAGGUGCCUGAUGGCAAAUGCCCGCUGCCUUGGAACAUGCACCAGACGGCCUCUGGCUACUCUCGGGAGAUGCCCAGUGCGGCGGCCCCCACUAAGGAGGUCAGAAAGGUCCAUUUCGACACCCAGGACUACGGGCCAAGGGCCAUCACAGGGCUGGAAGGCAAGGACAUGCCUCUGUUCCGCCAGCAGGAGGGCAAGGGCUCGCUGGAGUGGGACAAUGCCCGGCAUGCCCCACGCUUCAUGACUUCUGAGUACAGUUCCAAGUAUCUCAAGGAGCCUUCCAACCAGCCAGAUCUCUUGCAGAAGAAAACAAUUGGCACCAAGGAGGAGACUGGCUUCACCGAAGAGUCCACCAGGAACCCCAUUGUCUCCCAGCCACUGUCCCAGGCCCUCCCUGGGGACCCAGUCCUCCUCCCUGGCCGGAGUGUCACCAGGUCUGAGUUCCUCCCCAUGACCCAACUUCAUGGGACUGAGUUCCUGCCUGUGCUGGCCAGAGGCUCCGAGCGGGAAACAGGCUACAGCCGAGUGAAUGAGAGGUUGCUGAACCCCAGAGUGCCCCCGCCUGGCCGGGAGCCUAGCAGCAUGAGCCACUGGCAAUUCCAGCCUCCACAGCGGAUGCAACAGACCAACGUCGCUCUGCCUGGCAGGGAGACUGUGGGGAAGAAGGAGCCCACCGGGUUCAGCCUUAACAACCCCAGCUACAUCCGGAGCCCCUGUGACCCCGACAUGGACAAUCGGUACCUGAGCACCUACAACCAAGGGUACUUCAAGAACAUCCCUAAGGGUCUGGACCGAGAAGGCUGGACUCCAGAAGGCAUCCAGCCCCAGAAGCCUGGAGGCUACGCCCUCAACCAGCCGGUCACCCGCAUGGCGGCGGCCCCCACCCCCGCGGAGAGCCUCCGGGGCCUGCACCCUCAUGUGGGAAGAACCCUGGCUGCUGAGGACCCCUUCUACCGGGCUGUGCCCAGCUGAGCCUCAGGCUGGGUGCGUCAGCCCAGCGGGACAGGAGCCGGAUUCCCAUCCCGUCAGGGGACUCCCCUGGCUACUUUCCUAAUGAAAUAAAGAGCUGCAAAGCUGG